GUUGACUUAAUUGAAGGGGCUGGAAUUAUGGCCGCCGUCCUCCAAUCUUUGACUACAGCUACCAGAAAGAGAACAAAAAAGAGCUCAUUGCACGCAUCAGCUUCAUAAUAGAUCAAAUUUGAAUUGAAUGGAUCCUAAAUAGCAGACAAGUCCAAAUCUUUCUUUGCUGUACAAUCCACAUGAACUGCUGAAAUUCAGUCGAAGAAAAAACCCUAUUUGAUAAAACCACCUUUACUGCGACUAAAGCAAGUAGUUUUCUGCAGCUGCGGGUGAGAUAACAUGGCUGCCAUGGCAGAGUUGAUAUCAAAUUCAGUCCAAGAAAUGGCUACCAAUGGACAAGAACCACCAGUGAAGUAUUUCUCUAAAGGAAAUGAUGCUGGAGUCCUUGAUGCUCCUGUUCCUUUAAUUGAAAUCCCAGUUGUUGAUCUUGGUCUCCUUACUUCUCCAUUAACCAGUGCCCAAGAACUUGAGAAGCUUAAAUUAGCUCUCAGCUCAUGGGGCUGCUUUCAGGUAAUAAAUCAUGGAAUGACGAGUUCCUUUUUAGACAAAAUUCGUGAAGUUAGCAAGCAAUUCUUCGGAUUUCCGAUGGAAGAGAAGCAGAAAUACUCCAGAGAAGCUGACAGCAUUGAAGGGUAUGGAAAUGACAUGAUUCUUUCAGACCACCAAACAGUUGACUGGACUGAUCGAUUGUAUCUUACCAUUAGCCCAGAAGACCAGAGAAAGAUCAAAUUUUGGCCCGAAAAUCCUAAAGAUUUUAGGGAAACCCUACAUGAAUACACCGUGAAGUUACAAGAGACAAAUGACUUUCUCCUUAGAGCCAUGGCGAGGUCAUUGAACUUGGAGGAAAGCUGCUUUCUAGACCAGUAUGGAGAACAACCACUUGUGACUGCAAGGUUUAACUUCUAUCCUCCAUGUCCAAGGCCUGAUCGAAUUCUUGGCGUUAAGCCUCAUGCAGAUGCUUCGGCAGUUACCUUCCUCUUGCAAGACAAAGAAGUGGAAGGUCUUCAAUUCCUGAAAGACAACGAGUGGUUUAGAGUUCCCAUCAUUCCACAUGCUCUUCUAGUCAAUGUCGGAGAUCAAGUAGAGAUAAUGAGCAAUGGAAUAUUCAAGAGCCCAGUACACAGGGUGGUGACAAACACAGAAAGGGAGAGGAACACUCUGGCUGUAUUCUGCAUUCCUGAGUCAGAUAAUGAAAUCAAACCAGCAGAUCAGCUGAUCAGCGAAACGAGGCCAAGUUUAUACAAGAAGGUGAAAGAUUAUGUUAGUAUCUACUUUCAAUACUACCAACAAGGGAAACGGCCAAUAGAAGCAGUAAAGAUUUGAUCUUUUCCAUCUGUAAUUAAAGAACUAUUGUGUGUGUGUGUGUGUGUGUGUUAAAACAAUGUUCAAUAAGCUUAGGCAAAGAACGACUGCAGUCCUUGUUUAUUUGUUGUUCUGUGGUGCUUGUUGUCUCGCCUGGAUUUAUCAGAUGAAGAUUGGUGAGAAAAAGCUCAUUGUUGGAGCAAUCUUGAGAUUCAUCCAAUAAAGUAAGGACUUACAGCCUGACCA